AUGAAAAAAGAAAUUAGAUUUUAUGCAAUAAUAUCUAUAAAGUUUCUCCCCAUUAGUAAAGAAAGAACUAAAAGAAAUGAGGCAAAAAUUGUCUAUCAAAAGUCAGAACAACAACAUGAGAAGAAGAAUCUCAAGCAAGCCAAUUUGUUUACAAUCUUGCUUUCUUCUCCUCUUUCUCUUUCUCCUCCUACUUCAAGAUCUUUGUCUCGUUCGAGCUUUGUCGAAGCAUUCUUGCAAUGGCUCCAUAGCCGAGUGUGGUAGCGAGGAGGAGAUGCUGAUGGAAUCGGAGAUAAGUCGAAGGUUUCUCGAACAACAUAAGAAAUACAUCUCCAUUGGAGCUUUGAAGAAGGAUCAUCCAGCUUGUGAUGGCAGUGGUGGCGGUCAGCCUUACACCAAAAGCGGAAGCUGCGUGCCACCACCGACUAAUCCUUACACUCGAGGCUGCUCAAAGAUAUAUCGUUGUAGGUCUGAUGAUUGAUGGCUUGAACAAACCAUAGUAUGCUUUGUAGAAUCUCUUUUUUUUCUUGUUCUUGUUGUGUUCUUGUUGGUUGAUGAAGGGAUUUAAUUAUGAAUUAAUGAAGCUUGAAAUGGGAUUUUUCUUUUUCAUUGUGAUCUCAUUUUUGUUUUUGGCAAAUAAGAGAGAUGAGAAGUGUUAGAAAUGUUUGGUUGGACAUCAUGUUGGCCAGGAUGUAAAGUGUGAAAACCAACCUCAUACCUAAUCUUAUCUUUUGUCUUGCAUAGGAACUUGUCGGGAUUUGUUCAUUCUUAAUGUACUUUUCAUUUUAAAGAAGUAUUUUUUUAUUAAAGAA